ACGACACCCCUCUCCCCCAGAUGGGCGGGUGGAAGUCAGCAAGGAGGGCAAACUGCUCUCGUACAUGUCACCGGGGAAGGUGUUUGGGGAGCUCGCCGUGCUCUACAACUGCCAGCGAACUGCUACUAUCAAAGCGGUGACGGCAUGCAAGCUGUGGGCCAUCGACAGGCAUUGCUUCCAGACCAUCAUGAUGAGGACGGGACUCCUGCGACAGGCGCUAUACACCAAGUUCCUUAAGAGCGUGCCGACCUUCACAGCUCUCAACGAGGAGAAACUCAUCAAAAUUGCAGACGUCCUAGAGGAGACGUACUACAGCCCCGGUACGUACGUCAUCAGGCAGGGCGCGUGCGGCGACACAUUCUACAUCAUCAGCAAAGGCAGCGUGACCAACAUCAUCGCAGGAGAGGGCACAGGCGUGACGUGCCUGGUCAUAGACCGGGAGAGCUUCAUGCAACACAUCGGCGAGAUUGACGACAUGAAGCAGAUAUAUGGACACAUGGAUGACUCACGCAGGAAACUGAACGAGACAUUCAACGCGAUGAAGCUGAGUGACCUGCAGAAGAUAGCGACGCUGGGCGUGGGAGGCUUCGGGCGCGUCGAGCUCGUGCAGAUCAGCGGGGACACCUCGCGCUCCUUUGCCCUCAAACAGAUGAAGAAAUCCCAGAUCGUAGAGACGCGGCAGCAGCAGCACAUCAUGUCAGAGAAGGAGAUCAUGAUGAGCGCAAACUGUGACUUCAUCGUCAAGCUUUUCAAGACUUUCAAAGACAGGAAAUAUUUAUACAUGCUAAUGGAGUCGUGCCUCGGGGGCGAACUGUGGACCAUCCUCAGAGAUCGCGGAAAUUUCGACGACCAGACAACGCGGUUCUACACAGCUUGUGUUGUAGAGGCGUUCGAUUACCUGCACUCUAGAGGGAUAAUAUACAGAGACUUGAAGCCAGAGAACCUUUUGCUCGACCUCAAGGGCUACGUCAAACUCGUCGACUUCGGCUUCGCAAAAAGGCUUCAGGUCGGCCGUAAGACCUGGACGUUCUGCGGCACGCCCGAGUACGUCGCUCCAGAAGUUAUCCUGAACAAAGGACACGACAUCUCAGCCGACUACUGGUCGCUCGGCGUCCUUAUGUUCGAACUCCUCACAGGCACUCCGCCGUUCACUGGUCCUGACCCCAUGAAGACCUACAACUCCAUCCUGAAGGGGAUAGAUGCCGUGGAGUUCCCUAGGGACAUCACCAAGACCGCUAACAGCCUCAUCAAGCGCCUGUGUCGGGACAAUCCUGCCGAGCGACUAGGAUACCAGCGCGGGGGCAUCAAGGAUAUUCAGAAACACAAAUGGUUCGAAGGGUUCCACUGGGACGCGCUCAAGACGCGUAAGCUGACACCCCCCAUCGUGCCGAGGGUGCGCGGGGUGCUGGACGCCAGCAACUUCGACGAGUAUCCUGCCGACGCUGAGUCUCCGCCGCCUGAUGACAUCACGGGAUGGGAUAUUGAUUUCUAAAUUACAACUUACUUCUUUACCAGUUUACAGUGUUUUUUUUUCAUAUUUACAAUUUUAUCAUUGAUAUUUUU